GGCGAUUAUAGCAGAUUGCAGUGGCGGUUCGCAAACUUUUGUUUACAUCUUUUAUAAGCAUCAGUUUCUCUUGUCAAAUAAAUUAAUGACUGUGCAAGUAGCAGUUUCCAAUAUAUGAUACGGAAGCCUGAUAAUAAGCUACAAAUCAAAUUAAAGAAGUUUGUUUAUAUUUUAUUUAUCGAUGGAAACCAAUAAAAGAAAAACUCUGGAUAAAAUUCCAGAUAGAAUUUGUCAAUACGGAACAGAGUGUUACCGAAAAAAUCCACAUCACUUCAAAGAAUAUUCUCAUCCGCAUUUAGAGAAAAUAUUGUGUGAAGCCGAAGCUGAGAGUCAUUAUAGAAUUUCUGAGGAACUAGCUAUGAGCCGAGAGGUUGUUUCAGAGCAACUAAGAAUUCUUACACAAGUGUACCCGGAGCUGUUCAAUAAAAACCGCCCUCCUGCAAAGCACUUGAAAAACGACGAGGAACCAAAAACACCGUCUUCACAGUCUUCUUCCAAAACCGACAUCAAUGCUGUCAAAACCGUCGAAACGAAUUCCGCGGUAGCCGAUUUGUUUGCUGAACGCCGCGAAAAAAUGGCUAAAAAGUUCGAAGAAAAGAAAAAUGUCGAAACGCCUCCGGCUAGCAGCUCCCAAGUAAUACACCAGGCCCAAACAAACACCACUGGAGUUUCGUUAAAAAAGGUUAUACCACGUAAUAUCCACGAUUAUUAUCCAGUCGUGCUGCCCCGUGGGCAGAUGGCCAAAAAGUUAGAAAACGCUGCUCCAUACAAUUUUUUCCUAACAACUAUCACGGAUGCGCCAAUAACCCACAAAGAAUCGUUAUCAAUAACAUUUCAAGAACUACUAGACAGCAGUUUAGGUGAGCUUGAAUCGUCCGUUCAAAUGAAUUUCAUGGUCGAUAUUGGUUGGCUUUUGGGUCACUACUUCUUUGCUGGUUGUGAAGAUCGGCCUUUGCUCAUACUGUAUGGUGAUGAAACACCAGAGCUUAAAGUCGUGUCUUCAAAAAAGCCAAAUGUGACAGCUAUUAAGGUGCACAUUGCUACACCAUUCGGGGUACACCAUACUAAGAUGGGCUUGUAUGCUUAUACGGACGGAUCAAUGAGAGUUGUUGUUUCGACAGCUAAUUUGUAUGAAGAUGAUUGGCAUAAUCGCACGCAAGGUUUAUGGAUUAGCCCCAAAUUGCCACCUGUUCCGGAAGAGUCUGAUACAGGCUUUGGGGAGAGCCGGACUGGUUUCCGAGGGAGUUUGAUUACCUAUUUAAACUCUUACAAAAUUGGUCAACUGCAGCCAUGGGUUGCCAAAAUACAAAAAAUAGACUUUCGAGCAGUUAACGUAUUUCUGGUAGCAUCUGUUCCUGGUGGUCAUCUCAACACUGCCAAGGGUCCACUUUGGGGACAUCCGCGACUAGGGUAUCUACUCGGGCAGCACUCAGCUCCAAUCGAUGAUACAUGCCCACUGGUUGCACAAAGCUCUAGUAUUGGUAGUUUAGGACCGAAUCCUCAGUCUUGGGUUUUAUCGGAAGUGAUGGCCAGCUUCCGAAAGGAUUCAGCUCCAAUCGGUUUGCGACGAGUUCCAGUCUUCAAAAUGAUAUUUCCUAGUUUUUCCAAUGUUCGAAAUAGUCACGAUCAUCUGCUUGGUGGUGGAUGCCUGCCGUACAUGAAGGCUACCCAUGAUAAACAGCCUUGGCUUAAGGAAUACCUCCAUCAGUGGAAGAGUGAUUCGCGAAAUCGGUCGAAAGCAGUGCCUCAUAUUAAAACAUACUGCCGCUGGUCUCAUAGGGGAAUUUACUGGUUUUUGCUUACCUCUGCUAAUCUAUCCAAGGCAGCAUGGGGUGUUUAUAAUAAGUCGGCAAAAUUUGAGGCGCCCUUAAGGAUUAAUAGCUACGAGGCGGGUGUUCUCUUUCUACCAAAAUUUGUGAUCGAGGAAAACUAUUUUCCAAUGGAAUCUAAGAUUGAGCAACAACACCCUCUGUUUCCGAUGCCUUACGACGUUCCAAUAAUACCAUACGCACCAGAGGAUACGCCAUUUUUUAUGGAUUAUUUAAAACAAUGAGGGAGGGAAGCACAGUUUGCAUAAUUUUAUUCAUACGAAAUCCAUUGCUGUAUUUGUUUUGUAAAAUAUAAUUAUUUCUUUCAAAUUGUGAAAAACUGCUGCAUUCAGGAUAAUAAUAAAAGAGUUC